CUUUCGUCUAGCCGUUCUGAAGCAGCCGUCCCCUCCCCACAAGUUGACCACAUUACCUAAUAAGGCUGAGGGUAGCUAGCGCAUCAAACCAGUGAAAAUGUGGUCCAGGAUGCCAUAUAUCACAACAAUGUGAUUCUCUUUUCGUGUCGCAAUUGGACUACAGCAAAUCACAAGGUUAGUUGAUCGAAAGAACUCCAUGAAAUCGGCGCAAACUGGGAGAGCCGUGCAUUGGGAGCAGCUGCGCUCGACAUCUGCUCUCUCUGGAUCCUGCUACAUCUGGUGAAGUUGAUGGGGGGAGGUGAGCCCAUGUCUAAUUGCAGGGAGGAAAAUACAGUGUUCCACUCUGCUGCUUUGAAGUAGCCAAAGUCUUGCACUUUCUCCCUGCUACUGGUUUGGACAAUCACCAGUUUCUUCAGGAUAAAUAUCAGCAUUAAAAGCAGAAGAGGGCAGGCAUAUUGGUUUUCAUUUAGGUGCAGAAGCCAAGGUGCCCAUAGCAAUAUUCCACAAACAGUAGAUUGGAUAAUUAACCAUGGGAGAUGUGAAGAUUGCUCAAAAUGCAACUCGUAUUUCCAAAACAACGUUAACUUUGGAAAGACCUCAGGCUGACACCUACCCUCCAGAAGCACCAGCUUUCACGCUGCCUCCAAGAAAUCUGCGGAUUCCCAUUGGUGGAACAGCUAGGUUUGACGGAAAGGUCAGAGGAUGUCCAGAACCUCACGUAACAUGGUAUAAAAAUGGACAGCUUAUCCCAAAGAAUGAUCGGUAUGUUACAGAGCAAAGCACACGUGGAACUUUCAGCCUAGUCAUAAAACAAGUGCAAAAAGAUGAUGCUGGAAAGUACACAUGUGAAACUGCUAAUGUUGCUGGAGUUCGCCAAGUUACUGUGGAAUUAACUAUACAAGAGGAUACCGACAGGAAAUAUGGAUGGCCUUCCAAUACCAAUGCUUCCAGUCGACAUUCUACUCCAUCAGUGGAAAAUAGGCCAAGUAUUUGGGGUGAAAGCCCACCAAAAUUUGUCACUAAACCAACACGAUUGAUUGUCAAAGAAGGACAGAGUGGUAAAUUCUGCUGUAAAAUAACAGGCAGGCCUCAUCCUCAAGUAAUCUGGUUGAAGGGUGAUGCAGAGUUGCAGCAAAGUGAUCAUUUCAACAUGUUUGAAAAAUCUGGGAUUCACUUCUUGGAAAUCCGAGCUGCACAGGCAGACGAUGCUGGAAACUAUGUGUGUUUAGUGAUGAAUAAUUCUGGAAAAGCAAUGGCAUCUGUGGAGCUCAUACUUCAAAGUGCGUGUUCAACAUCUGAAAUUUCUUCAGUGCAACAAAGAAGCGAUGCUGCCAAAACUAUUGAACCUCUGGGAACUAAACAGACAACUGCAAAUAACAUCCAAAUGGAAAAGGAAGGAGCUAGUGCAGUCACUAUACAAUCCAAGGAGAAUUUGAAAGUGGUAAAACAUGUUGUAGCAGCCGCUGAGAAACCAGAAGCUGAAGACCAACUGGAAAAAAGAAUCAAAGAAAACAAGUCUCAUCCAGAACUGAAGUCAGAAGUAAAAAAUGUCACACUCCAACAAAAGAUUCUAAAUGCUACAACCCAUCAUGAAUCAAAAGUAGAAAUGAAGAAAAUUCCAAUACAACACAAAAACCAAAUGAUUACAACAACCCCCACCCUACAGAAUUUCCAAAUCACCACAGCUUCCUCUACCAUACAGAAAUCCCAAACUACUCCUCCAGCCCCCACCCUACAGAAUUCCCAAAUCACCACAGCAUCUUCCAUCCUACAGAAAUCCCAAACGACUCCUCCAGCCCCCACCUUACAGAAAUCCCAAACCACAGCAUCCUCCAUCCUACAGAAAUCCCAAACGACUCCUCCAGCCCCCACCUUACAGAAAUCCCAAACCACAGCAUCCUCCAUCCUACAGAAAUCCCAAACUACUACUCCAGCCCCCGCCUUACAGAAAUCCCAAACCACAGCAUCCUCCAUCCUACAGAAAUCCCAAACUAUUUCUCCAGCCUCCACCCUACAGAAAUCCCAAACCACAGCAUCCUCCAUCCAAGAGAAAGCUCAAAUGUUUACAAGACCUCCCGCUCAACAGAAAACCCAAAACAUUCCAACAGGCCAAACCCAACAGAAACCACCAAGUAUUAUUACAAAUCAGAAAUCCAAGAGUACUUCCACACUUCAUUCACACAAGGUAGAGGAACCAGCAAUCAUUGAAAGAAAUGAGGACCUGGCAAGGCAGAUGGAAGAGAGUAAGGAAGUUACGCCACAGCUGCUUGUUGAAGGUUGUAGAACUAUGCAGCAUCCACAGACAAGAGAUGGGAAAUUGCAAGAAGAAAGCAGAAAGAUUUCAGAACAAAAAUCAAUGAUCAGAGAAUCACCACCUGAUUUUCUCAUUUAUCCUGAAAGCCAGACAGUGCUGGAGGGUGAAAAGGUUACAUUCAGAUGUAAAAUUACAGGAAAUCCAAAACCAGAAGUGAAGUGGACAAAAAAUGGAGUUUUACUGAAAGGAACAGGUGGUCUUGAAAUGUACGAAAAGGAUGGGAUUCAACAUCUUUGCAUUAGCUGCGUAAAUAUGGAAGAUAGUGGCUCAUACAGCUGCACGGUGACAAACCGCAGAGGCCAGACUUCCAGGAACUGGACAUUGAGUGUAACAGGCUCCAAGGAAGAGGAGGUACCACCAUUUUUCACUAGCGUAUUGAAGGAAUGCAGAGUGAGCGAAGGUCAGGAUUUUGUCCUGCAGUGCUCUGUGGAUGGCAAACCUCAGCCUCGGAUUACCUGGCUUGUGAAUGAUACGCCCAUUCAGUACGCUCACAGCUCAUUUGAAAAUGAUGUCGCAAAACUCUACAUACAAGAUGCUUUGCCAGAAGAUGAUGCUAUUUAUACCUGUGUAGCAGAAAACAAAUUUGGAAGGACAUCUUGCUGUGCUAAAGUGACAGUAAAAGAAAAGAAGACCACCAAGAAGACUGAGACUACGAGUGCUGAAGAGUCCAAAAGGACAUUUGCCCCGGUUAUCCUGAAGGAGUUGAAUGACCUGCAGGUUAUGGAUGGUAGCCAAGUUAGGAUGACAGUGGAAGUGGCAGGUAAUCCACCCCCAGAAAUUAUCUGGCUCCAUAAUGGGAAAGAAAUUCAGGAAUCAGAAGACUUUCAGUUUGAGAAGAAUGGAAAUGAAUUCAGUCUUUUUAUUCAGGAGGUUUUUCCUGAAGAUACAGGAAAAUAUACAUGUGAAGCAUGGAAUGACUUUGGGGAAGUGCAGACACAGGCAAUACUAACUGUUCAAGAGCCCCAGGACGGGAUACAACCCUGGUUUAUCAGCAAGCCAAAAGCUGUGACUUCGACUUUAGGGGAACAUGCCCUCAUUUCAUGUGCCAUCGCUGGAGAUCCAUUCCCAACUGUGCAGUGGUUGAAAGACGGGAAGGAGGUUAUCAUUGAUGAAGGCUGCAAAGUCCUCCAAAAUGAGGAUGUGUUUACACUGUUCAUCAAGAAUAUCCAGCUUCAUCAUGCUGGUCAAUAUGAAAUAAGGCUGAAAAACCCGGUUGGCAAGUGUAGCUGCCACGUGUCUCUACUGGUCAAAGAAUGCUCCCUUUCCAGAGAAGAAGCCAAAGAAGAUAAGGAGCAGUGGAACACCAGUGCCCUUGAAGAGAAGGAGGAUAGUGGUGAUGGCAUAGAGAAUUUUGUUAAAUCAGACAGUGCCAAGAAGAACAUCGCUGAAACAAGAGGAAGCACAGUGGAAGAGAAAACAUUCCGUGGGGUGCUUAGGCGAAAAGUUGAAACAAAAGAACAGUCAGCAGAGCAACUCAAACAGCACGAGGCUGAGCAGAAAGACUUCCGUUGCGUGCUGGGGAAGAAAGUGAUCACCAAAAGCUUUUCUGAGGAAGUACUGAAGGAACAAUCAGCAGAACAAAUGAACUUCCGAGAUUCGCUUUCCAGACAUGUCAAAACAACUAAUUCAUUUGAAGAAGAGAAAAAGAUUUCAGGUCCCCAGCAGGUGGAUUUUCGGGCAGUACUUGGUAAAAAGAACACUCCUAAAAUAUCACAAGAAAAUAUCACACCAAAGCAAGUGCAGUCUGACAUCAGGAGUGCUGUAAGCUCAGAGAAACAAGAUUCGACUGGCAAAAAGGCAAAUAAUGAUUCGGAAAACCUUCAAUCUGUAAAAGUGGACUUAAAUGAUAAUGGUGAUUGUAAAAAUGGAUGUUCAUGUAUCGAUGGUGGUAUAAUUGAUCAGAAACCUGAAAACACAGGAAAUGCACCUAUUUUUAAGGAAACAUUAAAAGAUACUCAGGUAGUAGAUGGUGAACGUUUAUUGUUGCAGUGUCGAGUUGCUGCUGAACCAGCUCCAGUAGUCACCUGGACUAUAAAUGGAAAGGCCAUCAAGUCAUCCAAGUUCAUUAAUAUAUCACAAGAAGGAUCAGUUUGUACACUUGCAAUUGAGGAAGUCCUGCCUGAAGAUGAAGGCCUUUACAAAUGCAUAGCUGAGAAUUCUGCAGGGAAAAUGGAAUGUUCUUGCUCAGUUACUGUGGCUGAUGCAGCUGCCUCAAAGACUCCCAAAGCUGCUGAGAAAACAUCAAAGACGGCAUUGUCCACUCUUAGUCCCACUUCAGACUGUGUUGAGGCCACCAUAAAAAAGAAACCAACUCCAAAAACUCCUCCCAAACCAGCUAUUCCACCACAGAUACUUCAAUGUCCAGGAAGUAUGAAAGUCCGUGCAGGAGAAUCUGUGGAAGUACUUUGCAAGCUCACUGGAACACAGCCACUCAGCUACACAUGGCUAAAGUUUAGAAAGCAGAUUAAGGAAAGUGACCACAUAAAAAUAGAGAAUACGGACAACAGCAGUAAACUAAUCAUCUCUUCAACUAAGCAUGACGACUGCGGCUGUUACAAUUUAUUUGUAGAAAAUAAGAUAGGAAGCAAACAAGUUCAAGUUAACCUCACAGUUGUUGACAGACCUGAACCACCUGCUGGGAAGCCAUGCUCUUCUGAUAUUCGUAAUUCUACCCUGACCCUGUCAUGGUAUGGCCCCACAUACGAUGGUGGGAGUGUUGUGCAAUCCUACAAUGUGGAAACUUGGAAUUCCGUGGAGAAACAAUGGACAAAUCUAACUACCUGUCGCAGCACAUCCUGCAGUGUGCGCGAUCUAAAUCCUGACAAAGAAUACAAAUUCCGUGUUCGAGCUGUAAAUGUUUACGGAACUAGUGAACCAAGUCAAGAAUCUGAUUUGGUCAGAUUAGGAGUCAAAGAAGAGCACAACAAAGAUGAAGCUGAUCUGUCUGAUGAUGAUGAAAAAGAAGGUGAGCCAGAUUAUCGGGAUGUCAACAUCAACACAAGUGAGAAGGUCACAGAAUAUUAUGAUAUAUUGGAAAAAAUAGGAACGGGAAAAUUUGGACAAGUUUUCAAACUUGUUGAAAAGAAAACUAGAAAAGUUUGGGCGGGAAAGUUUUUCAAGGCUUUUUCGGCGAAGGAUAAAGAAAAUGUGAGACAAGAAAUCAGUAUCAUGAACUGCCUGCAUCACCCAAAGCUUGUUCAAUGUGUUGAUGCCUUUGAAUCAAAGUCAGACAUAGUUAUGGUCUUGGAAAUAGUUUCAGGUGGGGAGCUGUUUGAGAGAAUAAUCGAUGAGGAUUUUGAGUUGACCGAGAGAGAAUGCAUCAAAUACAUGCUACAAAUUAACGAAGGUGUGCAGUUCAUCCACAAACAGGGAAUUGUACAUCUGGACUUAAAGCCAGAAAACAUCAUGUGUGUCAACAAAACAGGAGCAAGGAUAAAACUUAUUGAUUUUGGACUUGCCAGAAGAUUAGAAAGUGCAACAUCACUAAAGGUUCUAUUUGGUACACCUGAAUUUGUGGCUCCUGAAGUUAUCAACUAUGAACCAAUUGGGUAUGCAACAGAUAUGUGGAGCAUAGGAGUCAUCUGCUACAUCUUGGUCAGUGGACUUUCUCCGUUCAUGGGUGAUAAUGACAAUGAAACUCUUGCCAAUGUAACAUCUGCUACCUGGGACUUUGAUGAUGAUGCUUUUGAUGAAAUUUCAGAUGAUGCCAAAGACUUCAUUGACCAUCUCCUGAAAAAAGACAUGAAACAUCGUAUGAAUUGUGAUCAGUGCCUUGAACAUAAGUGGUUGAAAAAAGAUGUUAACAACAUGGCAGUGAAAAAACUUUCAAAGGAAAGAAUGAAGAAGUACAUGGCCAGGAGGAAAUGGCAGAAAACCGGACAUGCGGUCAGGGCAAUAGGACGGCUGUCUUCUAUGGCAAUGCUAGCUGGUCUAAGUGGGAGGAAGACCUCACUGGGAAGUGUGCCUACCAGUCCUGCAGAUUCUGCUGAAAAGCCAGAAGCCGAAGCUGAUGAAGCCAAGAUGCUGCUUGAGGCAGUUUCCGAAGAAAGGCAAUGUUUUAAGCCUUAUUUCUCCAAGACCUUUAAAGACACUGAAGUUGUAGAAGAGAGUGCUGCUCGCUUUGACUGCAAAAUUGAGGGCUACCCAGAUCCUGAAGUUAUGUGGUUCAAGGGUGAACAGCCCAUCAAGGAGUCACGCCACUAUCAAAUUGAAUAUGAUGAAGAUGGAAACUGUUCUUUGAUUAUUUCUGAUGUAUCUGCACAUGAUGAUGGUAAAUAUACUUGCAAGGCCAUCAACAACCUAGGAGAGGCAACCUGGACAUCAGAACUCAUCGUGGAAACGAUGGAAGAAAGCGAGAUGAGUAACACUGAAUCAAAGUAAAAGUGUUGCUAGUUGGCAGGUGUAUUUUGCCUGUUGUUAGAUUCUGUACUGCUACAACCCAUGUAAAAUGAGUUGACUACACAAAGUUCUUUGUUAUUUUCCAAGGAAUGGAAGCUAUUUAUGGAUAUAUGCAUUCUAUAUCUAUGAAAUCACCAUAGAAUAUUGCAGUCAUGCGCAGAAGUUUAAGAUUUCAACCCACCCACUUACCUAUUGAUGGAUAUAUUUCCAUGUGAACACCACAGCAUAUGUACUAUAUUUUAAUGGUUCAAUUUCACCCACAUUUACCAAUUUUGAGCAAUAAUCACUUACUUUCUCAGAGGAUUUUCGGAUUUUUUUUGGACUCAAUGCUUCUAAACCAGUUAUUUUGAAACCUGCCAAUUUAACCAUUGGUUCAUUGACCCUGUUCUUUGUACAUCCCUGUAUGCAUGUAUGAGAGGCUGAUGAAUCUUUGUGUAUGGAUCUCAUCAGCCUGUCUCAUUUGCAGAAGUAUGGAACCUUCUGUGAUCUAAAAUAUUUUAAACACAUAUUUUGUUUACAUUACACUGCACCUUUCUUGUGUUUUCACAUUGCUUUUCAUGUGUCACUUUAUUUUAUGGUACUGACAAUAGUAGAGUUGAUGCUUUUCCUGGUUUUGCAAUACCAAUCUCAGAUAGGACUUCAGCACCCCAACCUCUUUCCACCAAACAGCUAUUAAUUGUUGUUAUUACAUACACAAAAAUACAGCGUGAUUUCUGAUUUAUAAUAAAACUCUAAGAAUGUAAACAUCACAAAUGUAAUUUGGUUAUCAAAUUCUGCUGUUUGAGAAUUAAAAUCAUUUUUAUUGUGCUGUAUCACUUUACAAUGUGCACUUUUAAUCUAAACCCAAGAUUGAGAAUGGAACUCACAAAUAAUUCAAUUCAUACAACCUGAAUGUAAGGAUAAUGCCAUAAGACAUUGCAAAGUGUAUUGUUACAUAGUACUAAACUAAAAUUCAAGUUGAGAAAAUGAAUUGGUGCACUUUUUUUAAAAUUUAAGUACAUCACAAAUUCAUGGACUGUUUAGCAGCAUCUAAGCCAAUUGUUGAUGAUACAAGAGAAAGGUCUAUAUCCAAAGAACAGCAUUUUUAAAAAAAACUUCUAUUCCAUAAAUAUGUUUUUGGAUUCCUAUUUCAGUUGCUUAAACUAAUCUUGAAACCCUGCACACCAUAAGUUAUCCUGACUCCACUACACUAAGUUAUUUUUUUCAGAAAAUGGCAUAAUAAUUAUGCUGACUUACUUUAAUCUGUAAUAUAUAUAUAUAUUUAUAUUUAUUCAGAUCUCUUCACGAAUUAUAAUUUUUCCUCAUGUUUGCCUGCAUAAUAUUUCUAAAAAGUUGCUAACCACCGUUGCAGUUUCCAUUUUGAAGCUGGAACUGUAUAUUUCUAUCCUUACGAGUUACAUUUUUAACGGGAUUCUAAGCAAUUAUUCAGAAACACACAUUGAAUGGAUAAUAAUGUAAAAUAAUGCUGAUCAUUGCUGCCUCAAGUAGCAAUUUCUACAAAAUCAAGAAUCUUUGAUCGUUUCCAAUUUUGAACGCCCUUGCUGUAGCAUUGUCUAUUGCAUUUCUAUGUGUGUGACUGACUGGUUACUAUUCAAAUUAAAAGACAGGGAGAGGUAAGAGGUAAGUAAAUCGUGAUUGAAGUAGCAGCAUAAUAUACGACCUGAUGAGCAAAGUAAACCCAUAAUGGAAUACCUGAACCAGCCAGCAUACCUCAUGGCACCUAAACGAUCGAUUAGCCAACGCAGCUUACGAAUGUAGUCUAAAAGGACACCAAGUCUAUUGCUAUAAUGCCGUAAUGGGUCUAGUGAUUCUAGCUCACCAAAUAUGGGAGUCUUACCAGUGCUCUAUACUAGUAUGAACUGUUUUAGUUGGCUAAAGUUCGCACAAUUGAUUCUAAACUUUUCCAACUUGUGAUUAAGCUUUCUGCAUCUGAAUAACUAUACUGUAUCUCUAAGAAAAAGUGUGCACACUUUACCUAAUUUCUGUUUAUCCAAUAUAUUCAGUCAGGCUCACAAUCUGAUCCACUUGUAAUUAUAUAUGCUCUUACACAGGCCCAGUUCUCUGCAGACAAAAUUAGAAUUAGAACCCCUACAGUGUGGAAACAGACCCUUUGGCACAACAAGUCCACACUGACCCUUGGUGCAUCCCCCCCAGGCCCAUCCCCCUUUUACCCACUUAAUCUACAGACCCCCAAACACUACAGGCAAUUUAGCUUAGCCAUUCCGCCUAACCUGCACAUCUUUGGGCUGUGGGAGGAAACCAGAGUAUCCGGAGGAAAUCCACAUAGACAUGGAGAGAAUGUACGAACUCCACAGUCACCUGAGGGUGGAAUUGAACACAGGUCCCUGGUGCUGUGAGGCAGCAGCGCUAACCAUUGAGCCACAACGUUGCCCUGAAAAGAAUUUAUUCAGUCACUGCACCUUUUCAACAAAGCAAAAGCUUAGGUUAUGACCAUCCCCCUGUUGCAUUCCUCAUGGCAAUAUCUCAGCCAGAGCCCCAAACCUGCCUUUUCUUGAAUUUAGACAAAGGCUUUGGGAUAACUGCAUUCUGAGGUGUUUUUUAUGGCAACACUUUGACCAAUCAGAGCCCUUCUGCCAACCACUCCAUACUCUGUUUAUCAUGCAAUAUGAAUUGUUUUUCCUGUUGAAAUUUGGUAUUCUUAAAAUAACCUGCUCACCAGUGACCAACCAUUUUCAGUGAUAAUGGAUGCAGAUGCUGGAGAAUCCGAGAUAACAAAGUGUGAAGCUGGAUGAGCACAG